AUGAAGUUUAUCUCGUGGAUACACCUCCUCCUGUCCUUGACCGGCUCGGGCCAUGCCUGCGGCGGACACGGCGGCGAAAAGGAAUGGAGUAGCGAGGAACUGGCCGAGUUGGAGGCGAAAUGGGGCCAUGAGUGGGCGUUCAACGGCAUAGGCUCGUUUGCGCACUUGGACUACGUCAAAUGCCUCACCAACCCUCAAGAGAAAUACGACAUUGCCAUCAUCGGGGCGCCCUUUGACAAUGCCGUCUCGUUCAGACCAGGCGCCCGAUUCGGCCCCAGAGCCAUCAGACAGGCCUCCUCCCGACAAACGUCACUGCGCGCCUUCAAUCCCCGCGCCAACAUCAACCCGUACCAGAACUGGGCCAAGAUUGUCGACUGCGGCGACAUCCCCAUCACGCCCUUUGACAACAACAUCGCGGCAGAGCAGAUGACGCAGGCGUUCAAGCACCUCGGCAGAGCGAACCCCGUGAGCUCGCUGAGUCAAGGCAGGCCCAAGAUCAUCACCCUGGGUGGUGACCAUAGCUUGGCGCUGCCUGCGUUGAGGGCCUUGACUGAGAUUCAUGGUGGACCAGUUCGUGUGCUUCACUUUGACGCUCACCUGGACACCUGGGAUCCUGCUGCAUACCCAUCUGCCUGGGGCUCAACACAAUUCACCCACGGUUCCAUGUUCUGGAUAGCCAACAAGGAAGGUCUGCUAUCGAAUUCGUCAACCGGCCAAUCCGUCCACGCCGGUCUGCGUACCCGCCUCAGCGGCACCGACUGGGCCGAUCACGAAUCCGAUACCGCCCAGAACUGGGUUCGCUUCUCCGCCGAUGACAUUGACGAUAUCGGCACCAAGGGCAUCAUCGAUGGCAUCAUGUCGGUGCUGGGGACGGAGGAUCCGGUGUACUUGUCUGUGGACAUUGAUGUGCUGGACGUUGCUUUUGCACCGGGCACUGGCACCCCUGAGCCCGGUGGCUGGACCACCAGAGAGCUCAUCAGGAUCUUGAGGGGUAUCGAGGGCUUGAAUAUUGUUGGUGCUGAUGUGGUGGAGGUGAGUCCGGCUUACCAGGGAAGAGGCGAGGAGACGGCGUUGGCGGCGGCACAGGUCGUGUAUGAGAUUUUGAGCUCCAUUGUGAAGAAGGGGUUGGAGAACGGACCGAAAGAGAAGGCAGGGAACACAAAAGAUGAGCUGUGA